UUUUCUGCAUAUCAUCGAUUUAUUUUUGCUCAUCUAAAAUAGGUUAACCUAACUUCGAGCACAGGAUCUUAAACUAAUAAAAUCAUUUUCAAAAUAUUAGGGUUUCCAUUGUGCACAAGAACGUCUGUUCUUUCUGCUUCUACUAAGCAAGAAGAAGAAAAUGGCGAAGAAGAAGAGUAAGCAGAACCCGGUGAACGCUUCACAUCAGCUAGAAGCAGAGAUGAGAACAACAGAGAACACAGUCCCCGAAGAAGAGAGAGAAGAAGAAGAAGAAAAAAUUGCAGAGGAAGAAGAGAGAGAAGUAAUGAAGAAGAAGAAGAGAGAGAAGAAUAGUGAGAAGAAGAAGAGUAAGAAGAAUUUUGGUUCACUACAAGAAGAAGAGGUGAGCAGCAUAGAGAAGAAAAAAAGGAAAAGGCAAGAGCCCAAAUUAGAAGAGAGAGCUGAUGGCUAUGAAGAAGAAGAAGAGAGAGAGGAAGAAGCGGGGAAAUCUGAGGACGGGGUUGAAAGAGAAGGAGCAGUGGAUUGUAGUGAGAGAGAGGAGAGCAGUGGCAUGAAAAAGCGGAAGUUGGUGGUCGAGAAGUCCUUGGGAAGUGUGUCGGGGAUCAUGAGCUCUGUAUCUUUUGAAACCUUAGGCCUCUCGGAGCCCACCAUGAAGGCUAUUCGAGAAAUGGGGUUCAGCGACAUGACUCAGAUCCAAGCUGAAGCUCUUCCAGAGCUUCAGAAAGGUACUGAUGUGGUUGGAGCAGCAAGAACAGGUUCUGGUAAGACCCUUGCAUUCUUGGUGCCAGCUGUUGAAAUGUUGUACCAUACUCAUUUCAAUCCUCGAAACGGAACUGGUGUUGUUGUCAUUUGUCCAACGAGAGAGCUUGCCAUACAGACCCAUUCUGUUGCGAGUGACCUUAUGAAGUACCACACUCAAACUCAUGGAUUGGUUAUUGGUGGUUCAGCUCGUAGAGGAGAAGCAGAGCGCCUUGUGAAGGGAGUAAAUCUAUUGGUUGCAACUCCUGGAAGGCUUCUAGAUCAUCUUCAAUCUACUAAAGGAUUCAUAUACAAAAAUUUAAAAUUUCUUAUAAUUGAUGAAGCUGACCGUUUAUUGGAGGCGAACUUUGAGGAGGAGAUGAAGCAAAUCAUUAAAAUUCUUCCAAAGAAUAGACAAACGGCUCUUCUUUCGGCUACCCAGACUAAAAAGGUGGAAGACCUCAUAACCUUGUCACUGAAGACCAAUCGAAAGUAUAUUGAUGUAGAAACUGGGAGGUCAAAGGUCACUGUAGAUGGGCUUGAGCAAGGCUAUUGCGUGGUUCCAAGUGCAAAGAGGUUCACUGUUCUCUACUCCUUCCUGAAGAGGAAUCCAUCAAAGAAAGUGAUGGUUUUCUUCUCAUCCUGCAACUCAGUGAAAUAUCACUCCGAGCUCCUCAAUUACAUUGGGGUCUCAUGUCUUGACAUCCAUGGAAAACAGAAGCAACAGAAAAGGACCUCCACCUUCUUUGAAUUUUGCAAGAUGGAGAAGGGUUUUCUGUUAUGUACCGAUGUUGCAGCUCGAGGACUCGAUAUUCCUGCCGUGGAUUGGAUUGUCCAGUACGACCCCCCUGAUGACCCAAAGGAGUAUAUUCAUCGUGUUGGUCGAACUGCUCGUGGGGAAGGUGGAAGGGGCCGUGCACUGAUGUUUCUGAUACCAGAGGAGUUGCUGUUUCUCCAAUACUUGAAGGCUGCCAGAGUUCAAGUAAAGCCAUAUGAAUUUAACGAGAAAAAGGUGGCUAACGUGCAGUCUCACCUGGAAAAAAUGGUGGGGAACAAUUAUUACCUGCUGAAGUCUGCAAAAGAGGCCUAUAGGUCAUAUAUAUUGGCCUAUAACUCGCAUUCCAUGAAGGAUAUAUUUAAUGUUCAUCGUCUCGAUCUCCAGGCAGUGGCUGCUUCCUUCUGUUUUAGCUCCCCACCGAAGAUGAACCUGACCAUAGAUAGCAGUGCUUCCAAAUUCAGGAAGAAGUCUGGGAAAUCUAAAGGCAAUCGACACGGGAUCAGUGAAGAGAACCCUUAUGGGAAAAUUAAUAAUAAGAAGGAUUCCAGACAGUAUGUGAGGUAUUAGAAAGCAAGGGGUUAGUCGCGAGAAGAUGAUAGAUUCUCUUUCGCCGGCUUUGCGUAAGCAUUCAAUUUUGUUAUUUGGUUUUGCUAGUUAUGAUCCAUGUCCUGUAUUUUUUUUUCUUUUUGGUGUGGUUCAUUAGUAGGAAUCGAACUUGAGGUGUACCAUUGCUUGAAGUCAACUGCUAACCAUCCGAGCCCAAGCACGAUUCCUGUUGGGUCACUCAAGCCCAAGCAUGAUUCCUAUUAUGUUGUGUAUUUAGUCAUUGCAUUUGAUAUGUACAUGGGGAUUGUGGGUCCCAUUGCAAAUUUUGGCUCAUAAUCCGUGGUAAUUUAUUAGUGCUUAUGAGUUGUAUCAACCUUUUACCAUGAUAUUGAGAUGUAUAAAGGAACCAUACUUAAUCUCCACCAUCCAUUGUCAAAAGUGGAUAGAUACCCCUUUCUAA